GAUUACUCCCAUUACUCUAUUAUUUCCUUCCCGAUCAAAUCAAACUAGCCAGCCCACUGUCAUUGACACACACCUUGGAUGAUCAUAGUAUUUCUCUUCAAAACUUGUGGCUGUGCAUGAGCUUAGCGGGAAUUUCUUAUUGACCAGGACCGUAUUUCUUAAGUUAUACGGGUGCUUCGAUACCAACUACUCAAAGAUUAUCAUGUCGCUUGGUACUGGUGUCGGUGAUAUACUAGCGUGUGCAAGUCUUGCUUAUAAGCUCUACCAGGACCUGUCCAAAGUACAUGGCUCCUCUAGAGAGUACCGGACUUUGUCUUCACGGCUUCUCACUGUCCAUAAAGUCCUCCUGCAAGUGGAACAACUCAGGGCGGCUAAUCAGUUGACUCAAUCGACCUUGAAUACCAUUCGCUUCUUGGCGAGCAGGAUGAGCGAGGUAAUUCACGAGUUUGUAAGCAGGUUGAAAGGCAUUCCUGCAUCUCAAGCUGGAGGGUCUGUAUUGGCCUUGAAGUAUACCUUCUCAACGGGUAAAUCAUCUUCAGAGAUGACAGAUGAGAGAUUAUCCAACAUCCUCCAUUCUAAUCUGUUGUCCCUGAGUAGCCUCUUACGGAUGGCUUGCUACUCCGACUCCGAUGAUGAUGCUUGGAAAAGUGCAAGUGUCACUCCAAGAUGGAUCCAUGAAAGGUCUGGGUUCCCGAAUGUUAGGCUAAGCGCAAUGAUCACGGGAUGGGAUACAUGUUGUGCAAGACCUAACUUCGAAAAGGUCUCUAGUCCUGAUGACUUCUUCCGACCUGGGCGGGUGUUUACCGUGGCCAUGCGAGGGAUAUUGACCGCUACAGAUGGAGACAUCGAUUGCACGCAUCUCCCUAGAAAAUGGAUCCCGUUAGACUCUAUUCCAGACCCGUAUGAACGCGAGAGUGAGCGACUUACCCGACAGAAGAAGAAUUAUGAGGAUAUUAUAAAGCUUCCCUUGCCAGCAAUGUUUCAAUAUGGCGACGUCCAAAAAAAUGGACAAGUCCAAUGUCACUUGUGUCCAGGUGACGUUCUAUUCCCAAAGGACUUCUGGGUUGACAGACACUUCAGAGUAUAUCACCAUGAGACAUUUGCAAAGCUGCACGAUGUAUCGGGUCUUGAGGAAAGAAAAGGUUAUAUAUGUCUAGAUGAUAUGAGCACCGAUCGCCCUAUUCUAUCCGAGUCAGAAAUCGAAGAACUGACUGCCAACGAAUACAACCUUCCCACCUGGAAUAUGGACCCCUGGGUAGGAGCCAUCACCAUCCGCCGUUUCGUGGUCGUCCAGCAGGGAAGAGGAUGUUCCGAUCAACCUGAUCAGGAGCUAUAUGCUAUACUCCACUCAUCGAAGGACAUUCCCAACCCAUUGCCAGAAGAAACAAGAAUGAGUAUCCAGCCUAUACGCCUGAAACUUGAGCAGCCAUCAACAGUACUGCCCAGCAGCGCUCGCAUUUACUUCGGCCGUGUCUAUGAGAUCAAGCAUGAUGUGGAACUGAAUAAUGUCGGUUUUGUCCUUGGCUCGUCCAUGGACAUACUGUCGUCGCAAUUCGAAUCCCAUCGUCCGAUAGAUACUCCGAAAGGUAUAGCAUCUUCGCCGGACAGGGAUCAAGCAGGUACUUCUGCAGGUGAUACGGUCACACAGACUGAUGUCAAGAUUGAGAAAUGAGUUGUGAUUGCAUUGGAUCGGUCUGUAAUAACUUUAAGCCUUUCGGUAUGUUUUCUAAGUGUUAACUAGAACUUGGC